GGCAGCAGUACGACUGAUGUUUUCGCUGCCGUAAAUCUCAAUAGAAGACGUAAAAAGCGGAAGUUAGCAAGCCCGGACAAAAGCGCGGACAAAAGCGCGUGGUGUUUUUACUGAAUUUAAGCAGGAAAAGACGACUAGAACAUGUCAUUUUACAAAGAGUUGAUACGAGAACGGCUGAUGCUGGCAGCCGAUGAAAUAUUCGCCAUGUUUGAACGAACGAUAGCGUCGUACGAGGAGGAACUUUCUCGAACGAGAGAGAAGGAGCGACAACGACAACAUCUGGAAGCUGUUAGCCAGACUCAGUCCGUGCUGCGAAUAGAAGAUGUCCGACAGCUGAUGAGUUGUCAUGAAAAACUUCCCCCUCAGUCGCAAAAGAGGACAUCUACUUUGGAGCAGGUGGAUCCACAGCCCCCCUACCUUAAAGAGGAAGAGGAGGAAUGCUGGAUGACUCAGGGUGGAGAGUAUCUUCCAGAGCAGGAGGAAACGGACCUCACCAAGUUCCCACUGACCUGUGCCUUUGUGAAUAAUGACGACCAUAAAGACAAAGCACCCGAGUCCUCACAACUUCAUCGCAGUCCAAGUGAAGAGACCAAAGCGAGGCGGCUUUCGAGCAGCAGCUCACCACAACACCUAACAGAAGCCGAUGGAGGAUCACGAGCAGACAACUUCUUUGCUCCACUAUCAGAUCAUUACUGUUCUGAGGAUGAAGACAUGGAUGAGAUCCAAGAGCCUUUGAGCAGCAAUACAGACUGUGAAGGCGAUAUGAGGACUCAAACUGACAACACACACUCUGAAUGCUCUAAAAAGAAGACAGGUAAAAGAUGCUUUGCCUGCUCAGUUUGUGCUAAAAGAUUUACUCUCAGGAGAAAUUUGACUCAACACAUGCAGGUGCACAUAGAUGUGGCUUUGCAGAAGCUCCUGGCAAUGGUCACCGAGCUGACAUCUGAAGUCAGGGAACUUCGCUCGGAAGUCCGGCAGUCUUGUAGGUGCUGCCAAUCCACAGGUGUGAUUGGUCAUCAAAAGGGUCUGACUAACCCGGUGGAAGUUCCUAUCCGAAACAUGGAAGAUUUGGACCAUGCAGAGGCUACCCUCCAAACCCCCGAGGCUUACAAUGCAAUGGUGACUCGUCUGUCUAUCGUUGGUGGGAACAACUUGGAUUCAAAGGUGCGCCGGAUUAUGUCCUUGGUGUUCACUAAUGAAAUGGCCUCUGGACUGAACUGGGCAGGGAAGAAACAGAAGGACGAGCGAAAGCAAAAAAGGGCUUUCAAAGAGACACGGUUUUGUAAAUGCAUUUUUGAUGCCGUCACCCAACAGCUCGGCAUGGCUAUGGACGAUUAUGCCUUUGCGCAAGCAGUGCAAAAGUGGCUCCGUUAUGCGCCCGACCGGACAGGAGGCAAGGCAAGGCGAGACGCACAGCAACUGAUUGGCGUUCAAGAUGAACAUCCACCUCAGGAAGGAAGCUCCACUUUGAAGCAAGAGGAGGAGGAGGAGGAGGAGGAGGCAGAGCCCCUCAAUUUAAAGAGGAAGAGGAGGAACUCUGAAUCACCCAGGAGGGAGAUUAUAUUUUAAGGCUCGUCUCGCCAAGUUGCCACUGACUUGUCUCUGUGGGAAAAAAAAAAACACACUCGCGUCGACAACUUUCAUCAGUCCAAUUCCGACAUUCUUGCCUCAUUUUCUUGUAAUUUAGCCAGUUGAAUAGCCAAGCUUAUAUUUAAUUAUAC